GCAACUCUACAACAGGAUUAGCUACAGCCUCCAGAACAUCAAUCACCCCGUCAUCCCAGGACAUAUGCAGUGCUGGCCAGCCGACCCUUGUAGAGGAUGUUUCUGAGUCGCAAGAACACAACCAGCAAUCACAAAACACAGUGAUGACAGUUGCCAGCACAAAUCUGGGCUCCUCAGCCCAAGCCCAGAAGAAGCAGGUGAAGCGCCGUCACCGCCGCAAGAGGAGCAGCUGUACUGCCCUCGAAGGCGUGGAAACCAUUGCCAAACAGGAGCAGACUGAUCGCAGUGAUGUCAGCUCCGAACGCAGUGAAAGGGGAGAGAAGAGGGAGCGGUCCUCCAAGAACCGGAAAGAGCUCCAACCUCGCCUGCGCUCCACAAGACCCCCCCAUUCCGACUCCAGCUCUGAGGAGGAUUCAUGGCGUGAGGCCCGCAGCUGGAGCAAGGAGAAAGCCAGGAGAGUGCGCCGCCGCAGCGGCAGCAGUCGAGAAAGGGACGAGGGGGAUAGGGGCAAAGGGGGAGAAGACAAAUCAGAUGUCAUGGAGCUGCAGUCAGUGGGUUCCGAUGAAGGGAAGGAGAACCAACCUCUGGUGGAGGAGAGCGGAGGCCUUAAGAAGCGACACAGCAGCAGGGCCACGCUAAAGACAGACAUUUCAACCAGAGAACGCUCGCAGAGCAGAGAAAAGGGGAAGAGCAACAAGCCACACAGCCAAGGAGGCAGUUCCUCCUUGGCUGAGGACGGUGAAGAGCUCAUUACCAAGAAAUACCAAGAAAAGGGGUCAGGGGGUGGAGACAUGUCAGCCCCCUCACCACCGAAAGCAUGUGGUGUGAACGGGAGCACAGCACGAUACUGCUCUGAUGACUCUGAGAUGGAAGUCUGCAGGAUCUGCCACUGUGAGGGGGAUGAUGAGUGCCCUCUGAUAAUGCCUUGUCGCUGCACAGGGAGCCUGAGUUUUGUCCACCAGACCUGUCUCAACCAGUGGAUCAAAUCCUCUGACACGCGCUGCUGUGAACUCUGCAAGUUUGACUUUGUCAUGGAGACGAAGCUCAAACCUUUACGUAAGUGGGAGAGGCUACACAUGUCCAAGAGUGAGUGGAGGAAGAUCUUCUGUGCCGUGUUAUUUCACCUGAUAGCAAUAGCGUGUAUGUUGUGGUCGAUCUACAUUCUCGUCAAGAGAACAGCAGAAGAGAUCAGACUCGGAAAGAACGAGGAAUUAUGGAGAGUUUCUCUUCUGAAGUACUCGAAGGCUGACGGCGUGCUGGAGUGGCCCUUUUGGACCAAGCUGAUUGUGGUGGCCAUUGGCUUCACAGCCGGACUCAUCUUCAUGUACAUCCAGUGUAAAGUGUACCUGCAGCUGUGGCGUCGCCUCAAGGCCUUCAACCGCAUCAUCACAGUGCAGAACUGCCCCGAGAAAGGCCUGCAUGUUUCUCAGGCUCAGCCCAACACCCUGACAAACGGCAGGCAUGAAAAUGUGGAGGUUCCUGUCAGUGCGGCACCCGCCGUGGCUCCUGAGCAGACGGACUCAGACAUGUCAGUGGAGGCAGCGGUGUCACCGGAGCAAAACCCAGUCUGAUUGACUCUCCUCAUGCUCAGCCAGAAUCCUGAACCGCACCCUACUCAUCUAACAGUACCAGCGGGUGUACGCACGGCGCGAUUUAGACUCAUACAGUGUUUUAGUAUUAUUCAUCUCAGCUGCUGCGAUGACUGAUUCUGAGAUGAUGGACACAAUCGAAGUCUUUCAGUGAUCAAGGAAAACUUUAAGGCUGCAGUGAAAGGAAGUUGGUGGUGGCUGGACAGAAUAUGGGGAAAAAGGAGGUGAAAAGAUGUAAAGGAAGAGAAGGAUAGAGCCAUCGGGAAGAGCCACCUGAAAGAAUCAUUUAUAAAUACUGUAUUUAAGUGGUAAAUUAAAAGUUUAAUCCUCUAUGCACUUUCUCAAACUUCACUGGCGUGUGAACAGCCCGUGGAUGCUAUGAAAGGUCUCAGUAUGCUUCAACCUUGAAUGACACUUCCUGCAAUCGUGGAUAAGUUUUAGCUCGUCUGUGAAGACAAAGAAGCAAGCUAUUGUGCAGACUGGGACAACAAACUUUUAGAAGUCUCUCCACAAACACUUUAAGGUGGUCUCUAUUUAAAAGGUAUUUAAUGAGUUGCAUUCCACAGUACACACGAGAAGUGAUCGAUGUGAAAAUGUGACGAGUUGGAAGAGUUUUAGGAGAGAAUCUCACAACUCUGCAAAAGAAGGGUGCAUUCAUGACAUCAGGUUUCAGAAGCUGUUUGACAAUCCAACAAGCACUUUUAUUUGAAGCAUACUGAGGCCUUAACCUUCCAUCUGGACAAUCAGGUCUUCAGACACCAAAGAGUCAGAAAUGACUAAUAGAGAAAAAUGUAUUUAAACAUUAUCUUUAGCUCAGUCUGAAAUGGAACAUGUUAUGUUUUCAAAAAGAUGAAUUUAUGUAUUGUCACAGGAAAAUGUUGAAUAUUUCUUAAAAUAGCAAAUGUUAAGUAGCCCAGAUAUUUCUGAGGUUAUAUUUGAACAGUUUCCAGCUUUAUGUGGUCCUGUCUGCCGGGUCCUGAUAUUUAUACACACCAUGUAAUCAAAGUUUUUAGACCAAUGUCAAAUUUAUGUCACAAAAACUAAUUUUUCUCUUCUUCGUGUCCACCAAACUCAAGAGCACCCAAACAUCUUUGUCAAACUCCUUUUUUUAAACUCUGAUUGGAUACAAAUGGAUUCAGGUUACAUAUAAUGCAAACUUGUUGUGCAAUAAACAAUGAAUGUAGACCCCCCCUCC